AUGGAUACCCUAGAACUGCAAGGCGAAGGUACGGCGACAGCUUCAUCCGGCGCUGCGCAACCCGCUAACCCUCGCAAUCUAGAGAAAUUAAUCGAAGUGAACCAUCUGCUCAGCACCUUACGGGCAGACCUGGAGCAGAAGAGCCUUCAAACUUCCCAACGGAUCGAGACCCUGCAAAAGCUGCGCGUGCAUGGCCGGAAACCAGAAAAUGCGGAGCCCAUAUAUGAAAAAGAGGGUAUAGCAACGCUCUCGGCCUACGGAUUCGACGAGCCAGAGGCGAUUAUAUACCGAGAAGCGCUACGAUGUCUGGCGAAUGCUCUACUGCUGGAGAAGGCCACGCGCCAAAGGUUCGUUGACCUUGGGAAUGGGAGAAAGGCCGCAGAGAAACUGAAAGCGAGUGAUCCCCGUCUGCAUUUGGACUUUGAUAAGCUGUUUAGUGAAUGCUCCUUGGGGGAGAGCAUCAAUAACCACAUACAUCGCCAUUCCAAACAAUUCUCAAAGGGCAAAAAGAAAAAGCUUACCCCCAUCGACGAGCUUGCGCUCUCAGAAACACUCAAGUUGAUGUUUAAUAUCACCAACUACUACCCUCACCACACCACGACAUUCUCGCCAGCAAUUCCACACAUACUAAAGAUCUUAAGCCUCAUCGAGAUCCCAACCCCGCCGCUUCAAGCUCCUGUCAACUAUCUCAUCAACUCAUUGCUGAAUCUCGACCUUGAGGCGGAGAAGAGCAAAGCUUUCAGCACCAAUCCUUUGUUCCCAAAGUUCGACCAGAACUGCAAUGUGGAUAAACUAAUCAACAUCCUUGAUCAGGCCGUUGCGAUGCAUAAACCAUCACAUCUAGAGACCCUCGUCGUUCCACUGCUUACUCUCCUUAGAAAGAUAUAUUCUUUUGCCCCAGAAGGACCCAGGAAAUACAUGGAGUGGCUGCUUCUUCCCGAGGACAACGAUCAUGAUCUACCCAUCGGCCAGUCAAAUACUUUGUCAUCCCGGCUGCUACGGCUAUCGACGUCUCCGGUGGCGCCCAGCUUACGAGACGGCAUUUCGGCACUCAUGUUUGAAUUAUCAGGAAGUAACGCUAGCGACUUUGUGAGGAACGUCGGAUAUGGUUUUGCGGCAGGAUUCCUCAUGUCGCAUGAUAUGGCAAUCCCUGAAAGUGCAAAAGAGGCAUACAGCUCCAAGGCCGGCAAAGAGUUCAGUUCAGCUAUUAAUCCGGUCACCGGUCAGAGGUUUGAUGCCGAGCCCGUGGAUACUGGCCCAGAGAUGACUGAGGAAGAGAAAGAACGAGAGGCAGAGAGACUAUUCGUGCUCUUUGAAAGACUCCGUGCUACAGGCGUUGUUAAUGUCGAAAACCCCGUCCGGACGGCUGUGGAACAAGGCCGUAUUGAGGAGCUUGACUAG